AUGGUUCACUUGUAUCGUAUUGCGUCUAUCCCAGGCGACGGCAUCGGCCCUGAAGUGGUCAGCGCCACCAUCCAAGUGGUCGAAAAGCUCGCCAAAACUCUCGGAAGCUUCAAUAUUGAUUUCACCCAUAUCCCAUGGGGAACGGCAUAUUACAAAGAGCAUGGCAAAUAUGUCUCCGAUGAUUGUCUUGACACGUUGCGCAAGUUCGACGCCGGACUCUUCGGGGCAGUUGGCGCCCCAGAUGUGCCAGACCAUAUCUCACUGUGGGGCCUCUUACUUGCCAUCAGAGGCCCUCUGCAACUCUACGCCAAUGUGAGACCAGUGCGAACAUUCCCCGGCACCAAAUGCCCCCUCAACACCGCGACCGAGGGGAUUGAUUGGAUGCUCGUCCGUGAAAACUCAGAAGGCGAGUAUGCUGGCCAAGGUGGACGUUCACAUGUCGGUCAGCCAUGGGAAGCCGCGACAGAAGUUGCCAUGUUUACGCGUGUGGGCAUUGAGCGCAUCAUGCGCUUCGCGUUUGAGACGGCCCAGUCUCGACCUCGAAAGCAGCUUACAGUCGUGACGAAAAGUAACUCCAUGCGGAAUGGACUAGUUCUCUGGGACGAGGUCGCGGCGUUGGUUGCGAAGGAUUUCCCCGAUGUGACAUGGGAUAAGAUGCUUGUGGAUGCGAUGACUGUCCGCAUGGUCGGUAAACCACAUUCUAUUGAUACCAUUGUCGGCACGAACUUGCACAUGGAUAUUUUGUCGGACCUUGCAGCUGCACUGGCUGGAUCAAUUGGUGUGGCUCCUUCGGCGAAUCUGGAUCCGACGCGCAAGAAUCCGUCCUUGUUCGAGCCUGUUCACGGUAGCGCGUUUGAUAUCACUGGAAAGGGCGUCGCGAACCCAGUUGCUACCUUUUGGUCGGCAGCGGAGAUGCUGACUUGGAUUGGUGAGAAAGAUGCGGCAGACAAACUGAUGGGGUGUGUCGAGAGGGUUUGUGCUGCGGGUGUGUUGACGCCCGAUCUGGGUGGCACGUCGAAUACCCAAGGGGUGGUUGAUGCUGUGUGCAGCGAGAUCGAGAAAUUGAAUGUAUAG